AUGGGAAAUCUUUGUGGACAAGAAAGGUAAGAGCCGACGCAAAUAAUGCAAUCCAAAGUCAAAUUGGAUAAAACGUUUGGAAAUCUGAGAAUUCAAGUAAUUCAGGGAGAAGUUUUAUCAGAAAAGGCAAAUGCUUUUUUAAAUGCUGCAAAUGAACCCUAUAAUACUUAACUCAUUAAGAAGAUAAAAGAAAUCAAAAAAUCCCCAAUAAAAAAUGGAGUUCCCUAAUUAGUGAAGUUUGAACCAAACCAUAUUGAUUAUAUCAUAAUGAUUAAAUUGUGUGAAGAACAGGAGGAAGAUUAUGAAAAUUAAAGAACAUAAGCAUUUCUAGCUUCUUUUGAGUUGGCAAAUAAGAAUAACCUAAAAAUCCUUUCCUUUACAGAUCCUCCUUAAUAACUUACUUAAAAAACUGAAGAUCAUUAUUAUAUUAAUUUAUUUUUAUCGGCAUUAUUGAAGCACAAAAGAACAAAAUAGGAUUGUAAAAUUCAAUAAAUAAAAUUGAUAAAUUUGGAAAUGAAGCUUUAAAAUGUAUAUAUUUAAGCCAUUCAACAAUAAGCUGAGAAGCUAAAUAAUAAUAAAUAAGAAGAGGAUGUUUAACAUUAAAUUUAAUAAUAAGAAAUAUAAACUCAAUAAUCUGAGAAAUCAGACUUAUUAGAAUAGCAAAGCGAUGCAUAAAUUGUACAAUAGAAUGAAAAUAAAACAAAUGAUAAAGUGGUAUCUGCUGAUGGAGAAAAAUUAUAGCAGAAUAUCCAUAAUUAAGAAAUUGCUAAAGUUGAAUAAGUGAGCCAAGAAUAAGUUGUACAAGUUUAAGUUGAAUCUAGCCAUCAUGAGAAAGUUGUAGAAGUUGUACACGAAAUUAAAUAGGUUGUUAAUGAGGUUCAUUAAACUCAAGAUUAACAUGAAGUCAAAGAAAAUUAAGAAAUUGUUAAAGUAGAAUAAGUGAGCUAAUAAUAAGUUUUACAAGUUGAAGCGGAAUCUAACCAUCAAGAAAAAGUAGUUGAAAUCGUACAAGAAAUCAAAUAAGUAGCUCGUGAUACUAAUAAUUAAUAAGUGACAAAAUAAGAUGAAGAAUCUGCUAAAGUUGUGUAAGUUGAAGCUGAACCAAGCCAUCAUGAGAAAGUAGAAGAAGUUAUACACGAAUUCAAAUAGGAAGUUCAUGAAACUCAUGAUUAACAUGAGAAGAAAGAGAAUGAAGAUGCUGAUAAAGUUGAAUAAUUUGUAUAAGCCGAAGUUGAAUCAAGCCAUCAUGAAAAAGUAGAAGAAGUUAUACACGAAAUCAAAUAAGAAGUUCAUGAAAAUCAUGAUUAACAUGAGAAGAAAGAGGUUGAAGAAUCAGCAAAAGUGUAAUAAGUUGUUUAAGUUGAGGUUGAAUCUGCCCAUCAUGAGCAAGCUGAAGAAAUUGCACAAGAAGUUAAAUAAGAAGUUCAUGAAAUUCAUGAUUAACAUGAAAAGAUAAAAAAUGAAGAAAACGUUAAAGUAGAAUAAGUAAGUGAAGAACAGGUUGAAAAAGUUGAGCCUGAAUCUGGUCAUCAUGAGAAGGCAUAAGAAAUUAUACACGAAAUCAAAUAAAAGGUUCAUGAAGCUCACUAAGCUGAAAAUCAACAAGAGAAGAAAGAAGAGGAAGAAUCUACUAAAGUUGUAUAAGUUGAAGUUGAAUCCAGCCAUGAUGAGAAGGUAGAAGAAAUUGUACAAGAAGUUCAAUAACCUGAUGAUUAACAAGAGAAGAAAGAAGAUGUAGAAUCUUCUAAAGUGGAAUAAGUUGAAGUUGAAUCUAUUUAACAUGAGAAGGUAGAAGAAAUUGUACAUGAAAUCAAAAAAGAGGAUCAUGAAGUCCAUUAAGCUAAUGAUUAACAUGAGAAGAAAGAGAAUGAAGAUGCUGAUAAAGUUGAAUAAGUUUUAUAAGCCGAAGUUGAACCAAGGCAUCAUGAGAAAGUAGAAGAAGUUUUACACGAAAUUAAAUAAGAAGUUCAUGAAAAUCAUGAUUAACAUGAGAAGAAAGAGGGUGAAGAAACCAAUAAAGUUGAAUAAGUUGUAUAAGUUGAACCCAGCCAUCUUGAAAAGGUAGAAGAUAUAGUACAAGAAAUAAAAUAAGAAGGUCAUGAAACUCAUGAAGCUAAAACUGAACAAGAGAAAGCAGAAGAAAUUGUACAAGAAGACAAAAAGGAAGCUCAUUAAGCUGAUGAAUAACAUGAGAAAUAAGAAGAUGUAGAAUCUGCUAAAGUUGAAUAAGUUGAGGUUGAAUCUACCCAACAUGAGAAAGCUGAAGAAAUUGUACAAGAAAUCAAGUAAGAAGCUCAUGAAACUAAUGAUGAACAUGAGAAGAAAGAUGAUGAAGAAAUUGAUAAAGUAGAAUAAGUAAGUUAAGAAUAGGUUGAGUAAGUGGAAGUUGAAUCUAAUCAUCUUGAGAAAGUCGAAGAGAUUGUACACGAAAUAAAAUAAGAUGAAGCUCAUUAAGCUGAUGAUUAACAUGAGAAGAAAGAAAAUGAAGAUGCUGAUAAAGUUCAAUAAGUUGUAUAAGCCGAAGUUGAACCAAACCAUCAUGAGAAAGUAGAAGAAGUUAUACACGAAAUCAAAUAAGAAGUUCAUGAAAAUCAUGAGAAAAUAGAGAAUGAAGAUGCUGAUAAAGUUGAAUAAGUUGUAUAAGCUGAAGUUUAAUCCAGUCAUCAUGAGAAAGUAGAAGAAGUUAUACACGAAGUCAAAUAAGAAGUUCAUGAAAAUCAUGAGAAAAUAGAGAAUGAAGAUGCUGAUAAAGUUGAAUAAGUUGUAUAAGCUGAAGUUUAAUCCAGUCAUCAUGAGAAAGUAGAAGAAGUUAUACACGAAUUCAAAUAGGAAGUUCAUGAAACUCAUGAUUAACAUGAGAAGAAAGAGAAUGAAGAUGCUGAUAAAGUUGAAUAAGUUGUAUAAACCGAAGUUGAAUCCAGCCAUCAUGAAAAAGUAGAAGAAAUUAUACACGAAAUCAAAUAGGAAGCCCAUGAAGCUCAUCAGGCUGAUGAAUAACACGAGAAGAAAGAACAUGAAGAAAUUGAUAAAGUUGAAGAUGUUGUAUAAGUUGAAGCUAAACUCAGCCAUCAUGAUAAGGUAGAAGAAAUAGUUUAAGAAGUUAAAUAAGAACUCCAUGAAAAUAAUGAUUAACCUAAAGAUAAUGAAAAUUAGCAACAGGAUUCUAAUUCAGAUGUCCACAGUUGA